AUGCCUGUUCCGUUCGUGUUUGCUGCACCAAAUCAUACUUUAGAUAAAUGGUCACAUGAUCAAAACAAAUUUAUCGCUUUUCAGCUAUUCGUGAAUAUCCUGCAAGAAUUGCCUCUUGCCAGUUACUGUCAGCAAAAACUAUACAAUCAUUGUCUCGCUUAUGCUGACAAUACAUCGGAUUGCGACAGUGCUCUCAAUGAAGUAACAACCCAUACCGAUCAAUUUGUGGACUGGCUUGUGAACGGAUCGUUUUUGUCUGCUAUCCUGAACAGUUUAUUACAACAACAAAUUCUCACUAAUCUUCUUGAUAUUCAACAAGUCAUUGUUGCCGUUAAUCAACGUUUAAGUCAGCUACCUUCAUCUAUGUCGUCUUUGGUCGUUUAUCGAGCUCAGCUUAUUCGAGCUCAUGAUCUGGAACACAUCAAAGCAAAUACAGGUGAAUUGAUUGCUUUUCAUACAUUUCUUUUAGCUACAGAGAAUCUUGAAACUGCUCGAGAGAUAGGGCGUCAAGCUGCAAACCGCGGACUCUUGGCUGUCAUCUUUGAGAUCGAUGUUCCAGUGAAGACACGUAUCGCAAAAGUGGAUGAGUGCAGAUUCAUAUUUCGAUUUGGUAAUAUAUUUCGUCUUCAGUCUAUUCAUUUGGCGCCCGACGGUGUGUGGUAUGCUCAAUUGAGGUGUGCUGACUCAAUCUUUCAAUCUGUCCAAGAGCAACUACAAAUCCAAGUUGGCGAACGACUAACAUGGCUGACUCUUGGCAACUACCUAUGUGCUCUCAAUAAUGUCAAAGAAGCCAAAUCCUAUUAUGAACAUUUAUUACAAAUACUUCCUAAAGACCAUGAAGCACUUGCAUCGAUUUAUAACAAUAUGGGAUUGUUGUUCACAGAGUUGGGCGAGAAACAAGAAGCAUUGAAAUAUUACAAUCUUGCUCUGGGUUCAAUCAAAAACACCUCUCCAAAUGCAGACCAAUGUUUACAUCUCACUCGUUUCAAAGCCCUUCCUCCGCCAGCCGUAGUCGAAUUGACUGUUAGUUGUUCCGACGUGUAUGAACAAAUAGCGGAAACAUAUCGUCGUCAAUCAAAACCAGAACAAGCUCUUGAAUUUUACCGAAAGGCACUCGAACAAACAAUUGAUCCAGUCUCGCGUGUUCAAUAUGAACAGAAGAUUCAAGAAACUCUUUCUCUUAUUUAA